GUGAGAUAAAAGUGUGCAUACGGUGCUUCGAUUCGCAUAAAAGCAAAUGCAGUGAUUUCACAACAGAGUUUCGUGACUUAAACAAAAUGAAAUUUCUAUUCGUGACCGUGUUUCUAAGCGUUUAUGCCAGAUCUGUGAUUUCGUUGUUCUGUUAUUGGAAUACCGGCUGUCCAUAUAAUUAUUUUUCUAGCAGAACUCCAUAUAAUGCAGCCAGAGGGGAUAUAAGAGACUCAGUUAUCAAACUUACCGAUUGUGAACCAAUAAGUAUUUGGGGUCUUGUAAGACAUGGUAAAAGGAAUCCUGGUGCAGAAUUAGCAUUGACUAUGAAGAAUGCUAUUGUAAUCAGAGAAUACGUUGUAUCUAGUUAUGAGAAUGGAAACAGCUCAUUAUGCGCGCAAGAUAUCGAAAAUUUGAGAGAAUUGGGCGCUGAUUAUGGCAUGUUCGAAAAUGCAUAUCAACUCUCUGAAGAAGGUUAUCAAGAGAUGAUGGAUAUUGGUAAAAGAUUUAAACAAGCUUUUCCUAAAUUAUUGAACAAACUGGAAAGUCAGAGCUACACUUUUAGACCGGCUUUUGGCAACUGGAUGCAAAAAAGUGCUGAAGGAUUCGUAAAUGGACUCGCUAAUGGUAACUUGGACAUUGAAAAGGCUACUACUGAUUUUGACAUUAUGGAUCCUUACACAACAUGUGGCAAAUAUCAAAGAGACGUAAAAAAGAAUCCUGAGAUAUACCUCGAAUCAAAUAAAUAUUUGGAAACAACGGAAUUUUUGGCUACAAAAGAUAGAAUUCAAAGGAGAUUGGGAAUCGAUUACCCAUUAACAAAUGAAAACAUAUCGGCUUUGUAUGACCUCUGUCGAUACACUUGGUCAAGCAAAGACAAAAUGAGCCCAUGGUGUGCAUUAUUUACGACUGAGGAUCUCAAAGUUUUAGAAUACGCAGGAGAUCUGAAACACUAUUACAGAAACGGUUAUGGAAACUCAAUUAACGCUCUUUUAGGACAGAUUCCAUUGAGUGAUUUAUUCAAAAGCUUUCAAUUAGCCAAAGAUGGAAAAGGAAAGAAGAUAAUAGCUUAUUUCACUCAUGCAACAAUGAUGGAUAUGUUGUACACGGCCUUAAAUUUGUUUAAAGACGAUGUUGAACUAACUGGUGCACUUAGAAACCCUGACAGAAAAUGGAGAACUAGUAAAUUGUCCAUCUUCGGAGCAAAUAUGUUUGCAGUACUCAACAGGUGUAAUAGAGAAAACAAAACGGACUACAACGUUGUUUUUUACUUAAAUGAAGAGCCACUGAAACCAAUUUGUGAACAAGGAGUGUGCACAUGGGAGGAAUUCGAAAACAAGUUCAAAACAAUGAACUCCAACACGGAUAUGUGUCAAUUCAAAAGUGUACCAUACAUUUAAACCACUUUAAUUUAAUUAAAGAAAUUAAAAUAUAUCAUAAAAAAAAUUAAAACCGAUUUUUGUCUUGUGAAUGAAAUUCCUAAUCGUUUUAAAAGGUUAUCAUCAUUCACUUUAAAGGUUAAGACUGCCUACUAGAGGUAGCUUAGAAAGUCGUGUAAUAAAUGUUAUUUUAUGUCGUAACUCUUGCUAGUUCCUGGAUACUUUUUUAUUUUGUUACAUAGUUAAGU